GAGGAGCCUCGUGUUCCAUGGGCGGGGUCGCGGCGGGCGGGGUCAGCCGCGCAGCCAUGGCGCACGGUCCCGGGCGCUGCUGCUGCUGCCGGGAGGCGGCGGCGGUCGGCGGGGAGCGCGGUGCGGCCUGGGGCCUCUACCUGCGCAUCGACCGGCAGCGGCUGCAGUGCCUUAACGAGCGCCGGGAGGGCAGCGGCGCCCUCGUCUUCCGCGCCUGGGAGCAGCGCGGAGACCGCGCCCAGUUCGUGGAAAGCGAUGACGACGAGGAGCUACUGUUCAACGUCCCGUUUACGGGCAACGUGAAGUUAAAAGGGGUGAUGGUGAUGGGAGAAGAUGACGGGACGCAUCCAGCAGAGAUGAGGCUGUUCAAGAAUAUUCCUCACAUGUCCUUUGAUGACACAGCCAGGGAGGCAGAGCAGACGUUCAGCCUGAACCGGGAUCCAACAGGCGAGCUGGAGUACCCCACAAAGUACGAGAGACUCCACAUGCCUGGGGGUGUGGGGACUGCUCCCCCUGGGCACAGGCACUGUGCUCCAUCCAGCCUGCUGGUGCACCGCCCAAUUUUAGGUGUGAGCUCUGCUCUGCAGACAUCCUCCCUGGAGCCAGGGAGCGCCUGUGCCCCAGGACUUUUUAGGGUGCAGGAUCAGGUUGGUGUCACGUCCCCUCCUUCUGGCCCCAGUGACAGGUUGUUGCUGGCCUGCUGACCACAAGGGUGAGGGAGGCUGCGCCUCCUGCACCCUUGUCAUUUGCUUCCAAGUAUUACAGUUUGGGGCAGGAGCUACACACGGAGCAGGGCUGGAAGCGUGCCGAGGAGGUGGCAGCGCAGCAGAGGGGCAGCUUGUAUGCAC